GAAACAUACCGCCUCUGGGGUUUUUAAUCUCGGUUCACAGCUUUUUUUCGGUUCAUGAUUUCUUCACUCAUGCAGUGCUCUUCGCACAACAGAAAAUGAAAAAUGGCUUCACUUUUCUUGUUUUGCUUGCUCAAUUCUUGAAAUUUCUCAAGGAACUAACUCCAAUGGUAUGUAUUUCACCUUUUCUAUCUUAUUUGCCUUCAUUUAUCAUGAUGAACAUCGUUGUCGCCCCUAUCAUACCAUCUAUGGUGACGUACACUGUCCAAGCCAAACGGACCACUGAAAUAUUUCCUCACAUUCGGAAUUUGCCAAUCAGUCAUUGCAUUGUACAUUGCUGACUUAUUCAAAGAAUCUAGGUGCAGACUCUGCAAAUCGCUUAUCACGACCACACAAUACCCCAUUUCGAUAUCCGUAAGGUAUGCGAUAAUUUUUUCUAUGCGUCCACAACUUUUUUACAUGAUGAUCACAUUACAUUCCAUGCUAA